CUCCCACAAGAAGCCUCUCCUCAUUCCAAGGAAAGCCCCGUUCUGGCAGCUCCUUCGCGGAGUUACAGCCUCCUCCUCUCAGUCCGUGUUAUUGUUGAGGGGGAGCGGAGAGGAGGCGGUAGUCCCGCAGUCAUGGCGCUGCAUUAGGAGGAGUAAAGCACCAGCUCCUCUACCCCUGAGGGACGGACGAAACCUCACGGCCAGGAAUACACCGGCGAAGGCGGAUAAGAGCGCUGUCAUGCAGUACACGCACAGAAGAAUCUGAACGCGUCCGCCGUUAAAGAUGUCCGCGGAGGUGCAGCGGCUGUCCCGGGAGCUGGCGGAGACCACGCGGGAGAAGAUCCAGGCGGCGGAGUACGGGCUCGCGGUGCUGGACGAGAAGCAGCGGCUGAAGCAGCGGUACGACGAGCUGGAGGCGGAGCACGAGACCGUCCGCCGGGAGCUGGAGCAGCUGCGAGAGGCCUUCGGACAGGCCCACUCCAACCACAGGAAGGUGGCGGCUGACGGUGAGAGCCGCGAGGAGUCGCUGAUCCAGGAGUCGGCGUGUAAGGAGGCGUAUUACGAGCAGCGUAUGCAAGAGCUGCAGGCAGAGCUGCGACAAGGACGUAACAUCCUGACCAACGUCCAGUCAGAGAACGAACGGCUUGCCACCAUCACUCAGGAACUCCGAGAGAGCAGUCAGAUAGUGGAGCUGCAGAGAUCUCGCCUGCGCGACGACAUCAAGGAGUUCAAGUUCAGAGAGGCUCGUCUGCUGCAGGACUACAGCGAACUCGAGGAGGAGAACAUCACCCUGCAGAAGCAUGUUUCUGUCUUAAAACAGAGCCAGGUUGAGUUUGAGGGUCUGAAACAUGAAAUUCGUCGUCUGGAGGAAGAUACCCAGUUUCUGAACAGCCAGUUGGAAGACGCCAUCCGUCUGAAGGAGAUCGCAGAGAGGCAGCUCGGGGAGGCGCUGGAAACCAUCAAGACUGAGAGGGAGCAGAAGGCUGCCUUAAGAAAGGAAUUGUCGCAGUACAUGACCAUCGGAGACUCGAUGUACCACAGUCCUUUGAGCAUCUCCCUCGAUGGGCUGAAGUUCAGCGACGACACCUCAAUCGAGCCCAACAACGACGAACCCCUCCAUAUCUACGAGAAUGGCUUUGACAAGAUCGACAACAACGACAACCGUGUUUCCACGCCCAAAAAAGGAGAGCGGUUUCACCCUUCCUCCAGCCUCGUGGACAAUCUGCUGAAUGAGCUCAACAUCUCAGAGAUCCAGAAGCUCAAACAACAGCUGCUGCAGGUGGAGCGGGAGAAGGGGACGCUACUGUCGACCCUGCAGGAGUCUCAGAAGCAGCUGGAGCAGGCUCGCAGAGCGCUAUCUGAGCAGCACGAGAAGGUCAGCGGUCUCACCGAGAACCUCAACGCUGUCCGCAAACUCCAGGCCAGCAAAGAGCGCCAGUCCGCUCUGGAAAACGAGAAGGAUCGCGACAGCCACGAGGACAGUGAAUACUAUGAGGUGGACAUCAACGGCCCCGAGAUCCUGGAGUGCAAGUACAAGGUUGCUGUGUCUGAGGCGAGUCAACUGAAGGAGGAGCUCAAAACGUUAAAGGCAGAACAUUCAGCCUGUCAGUCUCAGUAUAAGGAGGAGCGGGCGCAGCUGGAGAGCCAGGUUGCAUCUUUAAGCACACAGGCCUCUUCUCUGGAGCGCAGCAGCAGAGCCGACCGUGAGCAGCUGGCGCGGCUGGAGAAAGAGCUCCGUCAAGCCAGCGAAGUGGCAGGUGAAUCCCAGGGCAGCCUUAACAUCGCACAAGACGAGCUUGCCACCUUCAGCGAGGAGUUAGCCAACCUCUACCAUCACGUAUGCAUGUGCAACAACGAAACGCCGAACCGCAUCAUGCUCGACUACUACCGCGAAGGUAAGGCUGGAGUUAAUGGCACACAGACCACAGGCUGGGGCAGCCCUGACGGUCGCGGACGCCGCUCUCCCAUCCUGCUGACCCGCGGCCUCUUCCCCAGCGACGGAGCUUCGUCUCCGGUCUCCUCCGUCCCGUCCCCGGUGCCUGAUCCCCGCAAAGAGCCCAUGAACAUCUAUAACCUGGUGGCUAUUAUCCGUGACCAGAUCAGACACCUGCAGCUAGCGGUGGACCGCACCACCGAGCUCUCGCGCCAGCGCAUGGCUUCCCUGGAGCUGGGUCUCGGGGCAGACCGAGACCAGGAGGCCAGCGUGGAGGAGAUCCUCAAACUCAAAUCGCUCCUCAGCACCAAGAGGGAGCAGAUAGCCACGCUGAGGACCGUCCUGAAGGCCAACAAACAGACCGCUGAGGUGGCGCUGGCCAACCUGAAGAGCAAAUAUGAGAACGAAAAGGCCAUGGUGACUGAAACCAUGAUGAAGCUUCGCAACGAGCUCAAAGCCCUAAAAGAGGACGCAGCCACUUUCUCCUCACUCAGGGCCAUGUUUGCCACGCGCUGUGACGAGUACGUGACUCAGUUGGAUGAGAUGCAGAGGCAGCUGGCUGCUGCGGAGGAUGAGAAGAAGACGCUGAACUCUCUUCUCCGUAUGGCCAUUCAGCAGAAGCUGGCGCUCACCCAGCGGCUGGAGGACCUGGAGUUCGACCACGAGCAGACCCGCCGCGGCGGAGCCAAUGGCCGCUCCAAGACCACCUCCUCGCGCGGUAAACCCACCCAGUCCCACGUGAGUCACCCUGCCACCGCUGCCACCUGCGGGGGUCGAGGCGAGCCCAACGGCCUCCUGGGAACGCCGGUGGUGUUCUGCAGCGAGAAGUACAAGAUCUACUGCGACUGAAGCGGCGUGAGCCUCGUCAGCCGUUGUACAAAGCUCCACUCGCGCGCUCUCUUGCUUGCUGUGUGCUAACCUAUAUGAUGUGUCCGCUAAAUAUGGUCAUGCCUGCUAGCGUCCUCGUAGCCAGGUGCAUGUUGUAGUGCUAGCUAAGGGCAGACGGAUAUAACGUUUAGUCUUAUUGGUGUGUUUCUGCUAGCGGCAUUAAACCGAAUUGCACAAUCUUACAGCUCAAGGCAGUGGCUGUGCGUGCUUUUAGAUUAGACGUGUUAGAGAGAGCUAGCCAUAGGAUUGUUGAAUUGUGGUCACAAGUCAAUAGCCAUUCGCCCUUGUCCUCUGUCCAUCUCUCUCCUGCCUCUGAAAUCAGCAGCCCGUCCAAUCAGGGAACUCGUGUUCACAUGCCCGAGCAAACAAAAUAUGCAAACCUCCUCCCUGCCUCGUUGACGUGCAGGAAAACCCUUCGGAUUGUGCCAUUAUUGUGAGAAAUCAAAAAUAACAUCAAAAAUGAAAAUCGACGGGUUGGAGAGUGUGUGUGUGUGUUUUAGUGAUGUCACACGUGAGGCAGGCGGGAACGACGCGUCUUCAUAAAUCAGUAUGCGCCACAAAGACUUGCUUUUUCAUUAGAUGUCUGGCUGCUGAUCUGAGAGCUUUAAUAUGUCUUAGACUUGAUUACGUUUACUUGAGCACACACGGCUUCACACGGUGAAGUCAUGGUGAAGGGCUUGCCACAUGCUCAGUGCUGUCAACUUUCACAAGCUUUUUUGUGUAUUUCCAUUGCAGAUGAAACAUUAGAGAGGCCUUAUCUGUCAUUUCUGUACUUUUAAAUGGCGUGGCCGCCUCAUUUCAACACAAGAAGACAAGCCAAUGUCUCUUUUUGUCAAACAAACGAUUCAAAGUUUCAGGCUUUCAUUCUCUGACUUGCUUAAAACAUUUAUCCUGAAUCAGAGACAAAUAGGGUUAAUGCCUAAUUCCUAGUUACUCUCGACCUCUGCAUUAGUAAUCUGUAUAUGAUAUGAAACUCUCAUCUCCAUAUAGAUUGCAUUCACUCUUUUGUGUUUGCAUCACGUGAAAGAUUGACACAACUGAAGCAGUGGAUGCUAACUAGGGUUUUUAGACAAACUGAAACAAAAGUUCAUAAUCUACUUGCAAGCUAAUGUCGAUUCAUGCAUUAAUACAUGAAUUGCUGCAAAUGGGUUAAAUGAAUGUCUUCUCGAAUCACUGCAUUUAUAAAGGAAAAGUGCAGCACAACUCACAUUUCAGGAACUCCAAAAGAUAGCAGUGUUAAAACAAACAUUAUAAAGAUUAAAUGCAUCUUUCACUUUCUGUAACUUGUACAUUCUCUAGUUGUACAGUUGCUCUAGCAAGGACUGUUCCCAUAUGAUCUAGUGGUCUGGAUUCCUGGUUGUUACUCAUGCUCCUGGAAUGGGACGGGAUGCCUCUGGCUCUGCCCACUCAUCAGAUUAUUGACCUUCAUUUUUUUAAUUGAAUUGACCUUUCACAGAAAAAAGAGGAAUGUCUCAUGUGGUUGACAUGUCUCUCUUCAAUCCAUUUUUUCCCCUAAUGCAUAAGUCAUUAAAUCAGUUUGAUCAGCAAUGAAAUUAUUACCAAUAAGAAAUGAGCUGUCAGGUGGACAGUUGGUCUGUGUUUCGCCAAGAGGUGUGUUAGUGAAAUGUUUCGCCAUUGACUGUUCAAAAACUUUGUACAACUCAUUAACAUUCACUACUUUUUGUGGGAUCACCGGUUGAGGUUUUUAGUUCUUGUGAGAACCUCUGGCUUCCUGCAUCCUGUACUUCUCUUCCACACUCACUAAUAAAACCUGUAACAUGGGCUGUGUUUGGCUUCUGCUGACUAACCCGCCGCUUGAGCCGAUGCAGCCGCUGUGUAACGCUAACCGUAAUGCUAAUGGCUUUUAUUUCUUUGUCCCGAUUUGCAGUAACGUUCAGCCUGAGCUGGAACUCGACAUUCCACCACUUCCCACAAACCCAGUGCUCCCAAACCAGUAAACGGUCUCGAACGUAUGAGAGACACUGGAUGGCUGCCUUUAUUUUUGGAAACCAUUGGAAACUCAAACCUUUUAUCGUUGUUAUGCAUUGUACACUCGGCGAAUGAGCAGGAUAUAGUACAUUUACAUUCACAGAAGAACAUUUGGGGGUUCUUUUGACACACAUGGGAAGCCAGAUGUCACAAUGUCCUGAAAACUUAAACUCUUAAAAAUCAACUACAAAAAAGAAAAUGGGCUAAUGUUCUUUUUCUCGAGACAUUCAUCUGUGUUUUGAGAUUCUGUAACCUUUUCUCUUUUAAUGUGGGGUUAUAUCACUUUUUAUUAUAUCGGUCUAUAGUUUGAGGCGUUCUGGUUUAUGAGUCUGUUCACGUAUUUUACACUAAUAUUUUAAUAGUAUUUGAUUUCAUUAUGUACGUCCUCUGUAAGCAGAGCUCAACGUCACAUAAUCCAUAUCUACUCCAGUUCUGACAUCUUUAUGAAGUGAAUCCAUAAGAUUAUUCAUGUGUUUUAAUGAAAUGUUGUUUCUCACAUUCACAUUUUAAUGCUGGGCUUUUGUCUAUUCAUUAUUAUUAUUUCGUCUAUAUAGGAAUAUUUCAAAGUGAACAAAUAAUUUAAAAAAGUGGCUUAAUCUAAUCACAAGGCUUUGGUUAAACAACCAGCAAAUCAAUAAAAACACUACAAAAUUGAUUUUUUCGUAACACUUCACAAUAAGGUUCAGAUAACAAUAACAAUGCAGCCAUUUAUUAAUCUAGAAUAAUUUCUUUAUAUAGGAAUACGUUUUUAACGUUGUAUAAAUUAACAUUAGGUUAACGUAUUAUGAAUUAACAAUGAACAAGAGUAUAUUCAUGUAUUACCAUUAACCUGGAUGAAUUAAGAUUGUUCAGUUCACUUAUUGUAAGUGUUUGCAAUUUUUCUUUCGUUCGUUUCAAGCACCUUCGUGGGUCACUGACCUUCUGCAUUCUGUACAAGAGGAAAUGAAUUAAUUCCAAAUUGGAAUGCUGUAAUUCUCUCUACUAUCGUGCCAAGUGUCGGUACAUCGUUUGGGUUGGUGUUAAAAGGAUCAGAAGCGCUGAGACGAGGGUCUGCCCUGCUUUACCUUACCCUCAGUUUGGUUCAUUUUUCCGUUUAUGAUCUUCAUUCUGACCAUUAGUGCCUUUUUGUUCUUUGAAGAGAGAAUCCUAGCUUAGCGUUUAGUUUUUGUAUUUAAUUUUUCUCAUUCCUUAAGGAAGAGCAGCAGAUGACUUGUUCUAAACUUAGCAGCAGCAAUAAGUACAGAAGACAUUCAUUCUGUUUUCAAGGGUGUGAAGAUAUCAAUGAUUAGAGAAAUAAAACCGAUUGUACUGAAUCCGUCAGGUCAGUGAUCCUAAGAGCAAAUUCAGGGGUUUUAGAAAACGUUAUGUUUCGUCAGAUGGUUUGAAGCCAGAAUUAUCGUUUGCCUCAAUAUGAACAAAAAUUUUGAGACACGAAACUUGUGUGGUGUUUUGUUGUCGGAGACUGGUGUUAUUCUAGCUUUGUAUGGUGAGGUAGCUGAGGUCAUGUGAUAUCGAUAGUAUUGUUAACAAUUGUGAGAAAGCUUGUGUCCUCUUUCUGUUCAAUUGUUUUGUUUUUUUACAUUUUUAUAUGAGCAUUACAAUUUCAGGAAACAGAAAACGUUGCAUCAACAAGCAAAUGGUGCCACGAAAGUCGCAUUUUGUUUGUUGAGGCGUAAAAUUAAUAAAUACAGUCAGCAAGUGAGGAGGAACUAAAUUAAGUGCAAUUAAACCAAAACGAAGGUAUGUGGUAACUGAGGUUUUCUGUUUGCUGGAAGUGAUGGCAUUGUGAUAUUCAACUAGCUGUGGAAGCUUAUUAUUGGAAACUCUUAUUAUUGUGUUCCAGUAUUGAUCUAUAAGGACCUAUAAGUUUGAUACCUUUAUAUAAAAUAGCAUUUGUUUGUUUGUAUUAAUUUGUCGGUACUGAACUUUAUAAUGUGCAUUAUUAUGUCAUAUGCAUGUUUCUUUCGGCUAUGAGACUUGUACACAGAACCGAAAACAAACUUAGAACUCCAAAGACUUGGAAAAAGACAAAAAGCAGAAGAGCGAGUAAUGUUUGGGUUUUAAUUGGUCCCUUACUCUUGAACUAACGGAGUUGAAGUCUUGUUUUCUAGAGGUUUGUCUGUGUAGAAGUAGUCAUGCUGGCUCAAGUCAGUAAAUACAAAUAAAAAGUCACUCAGC